AUGUCUGAUAAGCACAGGAAAUCGUUCACGCAGGUGUGUAUGGAGAUGAUACGCCGCAAGAAGAGCCACGAGGGCAAGCAGGCCAAUGCCACGCUGGUCGUGGACAAGAGCAAAGACCUCGCGUGGGUCACAGACACCACCUCCAUCACUUCUAUAACCACCUCGGCGUUUGAGUCCUCCAGCGAUGAAGAAGACGAGAACCCGUACAGAUACGCAUUGAGGUGA